ACGUGGCCGCCAAAACGGCCCGCCGCGUCUGCAAAGUAUGGAAUCAAACCGUUCUUUCCCUCCCAGAAGCGACGAUCCACCUGAAACUACGAAAAGAAGGUGACACGACACCAUUGCCCCGAAUUUUGACGUCCUCCUCGCCAAAUCCAUCAAAUCCUCCGCAAAAGACCCGAAUUUGACUCCACUUUCCUCCUUCUCGUCACACAUUUCCCGUCUCAAUCUCCACCUGGACACGAGUCUCCUGCCUACUUUGUCCAAGAUCUUGCAAAAUGACUGCCCCAACUUGACCCGAUUUCACCUCCAUGUUUAUGACCGCACUGGAAACGCCCCCGACGCAGACACAAUUUUUCUCCCCGCCAUUACUCGAAAUCGUCUCACUUCCAUCUUCAUCAAAGCGACCCCCACGUCCACGAUUACGCACGCGCUGCACAUCGUGACCCAAAAUCUCGUCCAAUCCUCGCCCAACUUGACCCACCUGGAAUUAUCGUACGGCUUGUUUCCGUUCCUCGGUUCGUGCCAAAAAUUGACCUCACUCGUCAUCUGGAUUACUGGAUAUUUACCGUGUGAAAACUACCAGCCGAUAAUUUCGUGUAGCCAUCUUUCCGAGAUGCUUGUCCAGGUCGCGGAGGGUUUGGAAUCACUGCAUUUUCGAGGAUCAUGCCGGAAUAGCCGAAACCAUCGCGCAAUUCGGCGUCGAAACGUGGAUCUGCCCCCAAUGCCGAGAUUGAAACACUUUGUGAACGAGUUGGUCGAUCUUUUCGGGUGUGGAUCGGAUUUGGAGGACAUUUCUUCCUUGAGGAUGCCACUCUUGGAGAGAUUGGCGUUGAAAAAGGGGUGGAAUUAUGUGCCCCAUUUGGACGACGUAUUGACUAAUGUGUCCACCCGGGUGCAUUUGUUCGCUGGGGUGACGUCCCUGAAAUUGGGGGAGGUUUAUGACCACGAAUGUCUGUCCGAGUUGAAGUUGCCGUUUCCGAGGUUGGACAGGUUGGAAAUUGAGGCGAGGACAUUGACCAGGAUUAACGGGGUGGUAUCGCAUCUCGAGGUGGGGGAGGUGUUGAAGGCGUGUGAAUUUUUGGGGUUGUCACAUCUUGGGUUGAGACUGCUUAAAAGUGGGGAUUCCUUGGGCAACUUGGUGGCUGGGAUGGAGCUGUUUAAAACUUUGAAGUCGUUCCACGUGGAGAUGAAGGCGUCCCCGAUUUGUCGGGUGGAUGACGACACAGAUGAUUUUGCUGGGAAGUAUGGGAUUGAGACGGUAGAACAGUUCUUACUCAAGGAUUUAGGAGGAUUAGAGAGUGUGCGGAUUGGAGGGAUUCAUAUGAAACCCGCUACGAGGGAAAGGCUGACAAGAUUCAUUGCAGAGAAUAAGCUACCAAUCAAAUUUUAUUAAAUUUUGAUGGAUUUAGUGAUAUUUUGAAAAAAGUCUGAGAGGAUUAUUCAAUAAAAAGUUUGUAAAAUGGA